AUGUUCCGCCAUUUCAUUUCCAAUGGUCAUAAAUAUAUUCCUGUUCAUGCAAAGCGUAAUCUGUCGACCAUAGCUAAGCGAUACUAUGCUAUCAGAGCCCCACCACCUCCACCGCCAAAGCAAACAAAUACGCCUAGUGUACCUGCCAUGUUGGCUGUUGCAUCCAUGGGUUUUGCAGCUUACUGGCAAUUGGUCAAAUCACGAGAAGGCAAAACUAUGCCAAGACGGAAAGAAUACACAACAGUGGAAGAAGAAGAAGCUCUUCGACAAAAGCGACUAGAAGAAGUACAAGCGAAAAGAGGGAGGCCUUUGAAGCCGAUCCCCGCAUUUUCACCGGAUGAAGUCACUGUUGUGUUUUUUGUAGGUGGACCAGGCGCUGGCAAACGUACUCAGAGUGAAAAGUUAGCAAAGGAAUAUGGAUUUGUGCAUCUAUCAGUGGGAGAUUUGUUACGGACUGAGUUAGAGAAAGGAGAAAGAUCGAAAUAUAAGGAUGUGGUUACAGAAUAUAUUCUUCGUGAAAAAUUAACAGUACCAAUGGAAGCUACCAUCCCACUCUUGGAAGAAGCGAUGAGAGCAGCUAUAGCAGAAGGCAAACCAGCACGCUUCUUGAUUGACGGCUUCCCGCGCAAAUUGGAUCAAGCUAUCAAAUUCGAAGAGAUGGUGGUGUCUCCACGAUUAAUGAUACAUUUUGAGUGUCCUGAAACAGUGAUGCUACAGCGUUCAGUAGCUGGUUCUUCAGAGGAGGAGUCCAAGGCAGGUGCCACUCAUAAUAACGAUAUCGAAAUGUUCAAAAGACGAUUGAACAUGUAUCAGGGAUCUGCAGAACCUGUUUUUGAGAAAUUUGAAAAGGAAAAUAAGCUUAGGAAGAUAACCUGUGAUCAACCUAUUGACAAGGUUUCUGAGAAUAUUAAGAGCUUGCUCGUGGAACAGCUUGACGAAAAGAAGACAGUCUAA